CUCGCUCUCUGUUCUCCCUCCGCUCGUUCUCGGGAAGCCCUGUUCUUUCCCGCCAGCUGCGUUGCGCUGCUCCUUCCUUGCUCCGUGACAAACAUUCUCGUCGUUCGUUGAUCCUCCUUUAUUUCCCACCAAAACACAACCGCCUUCAGACUUCUCACCGUCAACGUACAAUUCGUCAAUUCCUGUCGUCAGCUAAACGUUGUAUACCCCAUUGCUUCUUAUUUUCUGCAUCUGAUAUUUCGAAUCCUUGCCUUCCCCCCAAUUGGCAAAUAGUUUAUUUAAUAAUUCUGCCAAAACACUUAUUUCGAUCAUUCACUCAUUCUCACUGCUGCCAUCACAUCUUCUGCUAUUAAGGGGUAACAAAUGGCUAUCUUGAAGUACCUUCUUCCUGCUUUGGCCAUCGCUGGUCUGGCAGCUGGCCAGAACUCUUGCAAGGGUCCCAAGACCAUUCAAAGCCAAGGCGAUGCCAAUGCCCUCAGCUCCUGCAAGAAAUUCGAGGGCGACCUCAUAGUUGCUGCGGAUAUUCCCAAGGGAGGGCUGACGCUCAAUGGCAUACAGGAAAUCUCCGGCAGCCUGAUGGCCAAAGGCACUCAGAACUUGACUGCGUUGUAUUGCCCUGACCUUCGAACUGUUGGCGACGCUUUUUUCCUCAGCGGUGCCAUUGAGAUGAGGACCCUUCAAUGCGAUGCUCUCACAUCAGUUGGCUCUCUCAACUUGGAGGCGCUUCCCAAUUGCCAACAGCUAGCCUUCACCAAGGGUGUUUCCACUGCUAAGAGCAUUUUGAUCACCAACACUGCCCUGACGAGUUUGAAGGGCAUUAGCUUGAAAACCGUUGGCAACCUAGAUGUCUCCAACAACCCUCAACUGAUGGAAGCCAACGUCGACCAGAUCACUAACAUCACUGGCUUUGUUGGCUUUUCAGCUAAUCACCCAGAUCUCAAGAUCUCCUUCCCCAGACUCGAGAGUGCCUUGAACAUGACCUUCCGCAAUGUAAGCGAAGUCGAGAUACCAUCCCUUAAGACAACUGAGGGUCUCCUUGGAUUCUACUCCAAUUAUUUUGAAAAGAUCGCUGCUCCCAACCUCACAUCUACCGGAGAUCUUGUGUUUGCUAGCAAUUCAGACCUGAAGAACAUCUCCCUUCCAAGCCUCAAGACCGUCAAUGGUGCUUUCAUUAUCGCAAACAAUACUGAGCUCCAGCGCAUCGAUGGUGUUCCCAAGCUAACGACUGUCUUCGGUGCUCUUGAUUUCACUGGCAACAUUUCCAAGGUCGACCUCCCAAGCCUUAAGGAAGUCAGCGGCGAAUUGAACUUGCAAACCACCCAGAAGUUUGAUUGCGAUGCUCUCAAGGCGCAAGUUGGCUCUGUCGGAGAAUUUGUCUGCAAAGAACAAGAAGAGAACCCUCAAACUGGAACCACCACCACCUCUGGACAAAAACCCAAGCCAUCCAAUGCUGGUGCUCUCUCACCACCCUCCGGCAUCGCCAUGCUGGUUCUUAUUGGUGGUCUCCUUACCUUCGCUCUGUAAAAAAGAUGCUUGCGUGACACGGAUGGCGUUUUUCUCUUCCCUCUAUUUGUGCAGUUUGCUCGUGUGCAUUCCUUGAGAGAUUUCAAGUUUGUCUUUCUCUUUUACCACAUUCCCCCUCC